UCAUCGAAAUUGUAUUCUUCCUCUUCCUUGUCUAUAUUGCGAACCCUAAUUUUCCUCUUUAUAAAUUCAUUUCCUUUCCCUUUCGUUCUUCAGACUCUUAAAUUUUCUGCCUUGCUUUUGUUCUUCCUUUGUUUUCGAUAUCUAAAUUGACUCGUCUUAGAUUGAUUUUAAUCUUUCUUCUUUGUUAAAUCUUUGGUUCUUAGGUUCUAAAUCUUAGAAUUUUUUUUUUUAAUUCAAGUUAAAAUGACUGUAGCAGUUCUAAACCCUCAAGAUGUUCUGAAACAGAACCGAUUUUCGAAACAGCCGUUGAUAUCUUCUCCCGAGACGAAAUACCCUAAAAAUUCUUAUCCUAAUUUGAACCGGUCGAACCGGGCGCAAUCUACCCGGGGGAAGCGAAGUCCGCCACGGAAUCAAAACACGUCUCCUCCGUCACGAGGAGUGGUGGCUCCUAAACUCCCCGCGAAAAGCAAUCUCGUGAUGGGUCAAGUGAAGAUCCUAAAACGUGGGGAGGAACUCACCAAACCGAGUCCGAUUCCGGCACCAGAGCCCGUGAAAAAGAUGACCAAGAAGCGUCAAGAUCCAGAUCUGGGGUCUACAGAGAGGUUGGGACCUGAUCCCGAGUCAGUCCCGAUUCAAAUCCGGCUCACUGAGUCGAAGGACCGAGUUGCUUCGUUUUACGCCGGGUCUGCUUUUAUUGCUUCACCGCCUCCUAGUUCGCUUCCUUUACCUGCUUUUUUCACGAAGAAGACCGUGACUGUCAAACACGAUGACGCGACGAGUGAUUUGAGGAGGAUUUUGAAGCUUGAUAUGCUUUGAAAAGAAAGUCAGAAGUCGCGGUUUAAAGUUUCAAUGAGAUUAUUUGGGUUUUCUGAUUAUCGAUCUGAUCCCUUAUUUUUUCAAGGGGAUGAAGACCGAAUUGGCUAACUCAACUUUGCAAUUAGUAGUUGUACUGGUAAUUUAAGUAGUUCUUUCGUAAAAGGUUUGUGAUAAUAGCAGUGGGUUGAUUGAAAGUUCAAUGUAUAGUUAAGUUUUUGGUUUAGUUUUAAGAGGGGUUAUGAUAGAAAUGGGGGGUGUGGGUUUGUUUUCUUUGCUUGUGGGUUGAGUAAAUUAGGUUGAUGAUUAUGAAGAAGUUACUGAUAUUAUGUAUCCGGGCUCUUGUAAUCUUGUUUGGGGUAUGAUUUAUCUGUAUCCCAUUAUGUUUUACCUUUUUAUGUA